AUCGUUUUGAUUGUAUUGUGCGUGUUACGAAUGUAUUGUAUACGAGCUCAAGUGAAGCGCAUACAAUCAUAUUUGCCGGCUCCAGCUAAUGCGAUACAACAGACGUGUUCUUCACUCGUUCGUUCCAUUUUUAGAUGUGUGUAUAGCACAUCGCACAACAUUUAUACUUAUACUAUAUGAACGCACGCUAUAGAACCCCGAAAUGACUGAAAUGUUACAAGCGAACACGGUAUGCCUCCAUCCACACAGUACAUUGUUGAGUCGCAUUUGGUUUACAUCUCUCAUAAAACACACGAAAACCGAGAAGGAAGCAAAAAAAAACACACACAACACAUUUGUCGAAAAUAGUCAUACGAAGAAGAAGGAACAAAUAAGAGCCGCACGAAAUUUCGGCGUAGAAGAAGACAAAAAAAAAAGUACUCCAAAUUAGGAAGAACGCGAUAAGUUCAUUUUUUUCUUUGUUCAUCAUAUAUUUUAUUGCAAUUCAUUCAACCACUCAGUUGGUUCCACGUAAUUCUUGUGGACUUUAGUUCUAUGGUGUGUUUCCCAACCGAUUGAACGACAAAUAAAUUUGUGUUAAUUCAGUUUGUGCGAUCAGCUCGACAAGAAAUUCCAUUCAUUUACAUUUUGAAAGAUGGCAAACAAUCGAUUGGAUGUUGUAAUUUUCGGUGCAAGUGGUUUCACCGGCAAGUACACGGUAUAUGAAGGUGUUAAGUUGUUAGAGAACUUGUCAUGGGGCGUUGCUGGACGUGACGAAGAAAAAUUGAAGCGUACACUGAAAGAAGUCGGUGACAAAGUUGAAAAAGAUCUUUCGGCCAUUCCGAUCAUUAUAGCCGAUGUUAAAGAUGAAAAUUCAUUGCAAAAAAUGGCCGAACGCGCUAAGAUUAUUGUGAACUGUUGCGGUCCUUACCGCUUUUAUGGCGAACCGGUUGUUAAAGCAUGCAUCAACGCGGGCACGCAUCAUGUUGAUGUGAGCGGUGAACCACAGUUCAUGGAACGAAUGCAACUCGAAUACAAUGAUCUCGCACGCGAAAAAGGCGUUUAUAUUGUAAGUGCUUGUGGUUUCGACAGCAUACCAGCCGAUAUGGGUAUGAUGUUCCUGGAGAAGCAUUUCGAUGGUGAAGUUCAUUCGGUUGAAACAUAUUUGAAGAGCUGGGCAGUUGGUCCGACUUCAGGAGCCGGUAUCCAUUAUGGUACCUGGGAAUCGGCCGUUUAUGGAUUGGCACAUGCCAAAGAAUUGAGCGCCAUUCGCAAGAAAUUAUUCAAAGAACCAUUGCCAUACAGCAAACCGAAACAAAUCAAACGACCAGCCGUUCAUAAAUCCGAUUUGGUGAAUGCAUGGUGUUUGCCAUUCCUUGGUUCCGAUCGUUCAGUCGUUUUGCGAUCACAGCGAUUCUUGUACGAACACGAACAAAAGCGUCCCAUUCAAAUGCAAGCCUACGUACAAUUCAAAUCAUUGCUAACCGUGUUGAUGGUUUCAUUCAUGGGAAUCAUCUUCGGCAUUUUGGCAAAAUAUUCGUUCGGACGAAAAUUGCUGUUGAAAUAUCCGAAAUUGUUCUCAUUGGGUUUCAUCUCGCAUGAAGGUCCAUCGGAAGAGUCGAUGAAAAAUACCAAAUUUUCCGUUACAUUCUACGGCCAAGGGUGGCCAAAGGAAGAGGCUUUGUCAGAACCAACCGAUCAACAUACCACAUUGCCAUCGAAAAAGAUUGUUACUCGUGUCACCGGCACUAACCCAGGAUACGGUUCUACUUGCAUCGCUCUAUUGCUAGCAGCCACAACUAUCUUGAAUGAAAAGGAAAAAUUGCCAUUGACUGGUGGCGUUCUACCACCUGGUGCCUGCUUUGCCAAGACCAAUUACAUUUCCAACUUGUCGAAAAAUGGUCUUGACUUUGAAGUCAUUUCGGCAACAGAAACAUCUGAAAACUAAAGCGAAUCAAGCGAAAUUUGAACCUUUUUGUUGGUGUUGAAGGAAAAUAUUCGAAGUAAAAAUUUGAAGAAAAAAAAAACUUAUUAGUCUAUAUGUCAAUGCAAUAUACUCGAAUUUGUAAGGGAACUUGCAAUCGACCAGUUUGUAUUGAUCAUUAUUAAACAUUUUACGUAGCAUCUCAAAGUGGCUUUCAUGAUCGAUUCGUCGAUAUGAAGCACUCGGUACACGUUAACUAAAUACUAGCGAUGAUUUAAAAUCAAUAACAUUCUAAUUAAAACAAAGAUACUAUAUUUUAUACAUCAUGUUAUUACCCUAUCAAAAAUGAAAAAAAAGAAAUAAAAAAAAACAGCAGCAAUUAACUGUUAACAAGUAAAUGUUGUAAAAUCGUAUAAUCACUCAGAAAUCCACAGGAAAUGUAUUUGUGGUUAACCAAUGGAAAUUCAUAAAAUUCAUGUCUUCUGAAAUAGAAACGCAUUUGAUUUAAUCAGA